UACGGUAUUUUCUUGCAUCACUCUCUCUCUUUCCCUUUUCCCUCUUUCGCUCGCAGAUAAUCAUCUUCCUCAUAGUCAGAACCAAACGCCACGACCACGCUCUCUCCAUCGAACCAUUUCCUCUGCUCGCAAUCUAGGGUUUCGGAGGACGACCUCGACGAGGGUCCGGUGCAUCGGCGACGGAAGGUAGGUUUUGAGGUUCGAGAAGGCAUCUAUCUGGAGCUUGCUUAUGACGGCAGAAAUGGAUCCUGUGCAAAGCCUUGUUAACGACGUGUUGCAUGAGAUAUUCAUGACUUUGGGCAAGGGCGACCCUGGUGAUCUCACUCAAGCUAGCUGUGUUUCGCGAUGUUGGCACGAAUUUGUGAUCACCAAUGGUCUUUCCAAGCAACUAUGCCUCAAAAUGUUUCCUCAGUUAUCUGGAGUUGAUCAUGUCACCGAAAGCUGCUCCUUCAGAAGUGAUGGUGAAACUGUUUCUGGCAACACUAAAGAAUGGGAUGUUCUGGAAAGGGAGCAUAGGGUCUAUGGUUUUCUGUCUCAUUGUUCUAGAUCAAUUGUUGACAGGGAGUGUAUUUCAGAUGCAGUAAGCGCUUCCAGCACCGACAAUUUCCCGGAGGAGGGUAUUAAUAAUACUCUGGAAAUGGGAGAUACCUACUGGUCCAGUAAAGGGCAAGAUCCUGCUGUGCCUGAGACUUUGAUCUACAAACUGGUCGGUGAUUUGUGUGUUAUUACGGAGAUCGACAUCCAACCUUAUGAAGCUUUUUUCCAGCCAGGAUCACCUAUAUAUUCAGCCAAAUCUGUGCGAUUUCGGAUGGGUUAUUCUAAAGCUUCAUUGGAUCUCGAUUCGGUUGAUCAAUCAUGUCAUAUUUCUCCAAAUGAUAAGUUUAUAUGGACUUACACUUCCCCAGAGUUUCCCAUGGCUCAGGAGAACUCUUUGCAGAAAUUCAAGUUUCCCGAGCCUGUUCUUUGUAUAGGCGGAUUCCUUCUUGUUGAGCUGCUUGGUGGGGUGCAGACGCAGGAAGAGGAUGACUUGUUUUAUAUUUGUGUCUCUCAUGUUCGAGUUUCGGGGCGACCUUUAACACCUACAUUUGGCGUUGAAAUAAUCGAACCAUCCGAAAAGUUUGUUCUGAAGGCUCUUAGUUACAAAAAAGAAAGCUUACCUGAAAGCAGUCCUCGUCGAAUUUCCAGCUUGGAACUGCAGAGACGUGAGAGAAACUUGGAGGACAUACUCAAUAUGCUUCGUGGUAAUGUGAGAGAUGUUGAGGAUAUAUGGGAUGAAGAGCAAGAUGAUUCAGAUGAAGAGCAAGAUGAUUCAGAUGAAGAGUUUGUAUGACUUCGGCAAUGAGUCAGUUCUAUGUCUUCUCGUUUAUGUAACUUUUCCCCCUUUAAAAAAGGGAGAUCCCAGUAGAGGUCUUUAUUUUUGGUCAUGGACCUCUCUUGACGAAAGGGAGUAUUUAACAUUGACCCCUUCUCUUCAUGUGUAUAUUCGGUCGAAUUGUGUAGUACAACUUGAUUUCAUCUCGUUCAUCAUUUCUCUUUUUAACAUUGA